AUGGAGAAGACCAUGAUGUUUGAAACCGAAGCAACUGAUCUGGCUAUAGAACCGUAUAUAAAUAAAAAUGUCGACACAAAUGAUUUGAUGGAAGAAACAUAUGAAUCUGAAGCACGUAACGAUUUCGAUGUGAACAUUGAAUUUGACGAAGAUGAAGAUAAUGUUGAAAGGAUACUGGGAAAGGUUUUCGAUACGCCCGACGAAGCAUAUACAUUUUAUAACGAUUAUUCCUUUUUACAUGGUUUUGGUAUACGUAAAGAUGAUACGGUUAAAAGCACAAGAACAAAUGAGCCUUAUCGGAAGUAUUAUGUAUGUUGCAAAGAAGGUUUCAAACGGGUAGACAACAAUGAUUCAAGUGGAAAUGAGAAAAAAAACGUCGUAGAGAUGUUAAAACUAGAUGUCAAGCAAAGCUUCGAAUUACAAGACAGGAGGAUGGAAAAUGGUUGGUGGACUUAUUUAAUGACACACACAAUCAUGAAUUGA